AUGAGUGACUCCAGUAUUAGUGAGUCCAGUAUCAGCGACUCUGAGGACCAAGACUUUGUUGUUGUGGAGCAGCCCGACGAGCUCCCUGAAAUUGCUGAACUCGUUGUAUGGCUUCACCCAACUGAUUAUCUGGGCGAGUUCUCGGAUUUCCAAAAGCAUCUCCACUCGCAUGUGCAAGGCACAGGAGAAUGGAUUGAACAGACCACGCAAUAUCAGCAGUGGCAUGAUUCGCCCAUCCAUGGCUUGCUGUGGUUAAAGGCUGUCGCAGGAGCCGGGAAGAGCGUCCUCGCCGCCCGACUGAUUGCCCAUCUCCAACACACCGAGUCAAAUACGCCUGUUCUGUUCUUCUUUUUUCGCCAAAUUAUCGCAUCCAACCAUGAUCCUCACUCGAUGGUUCGAGACUGGAUGGCUCAGUUGCUGGGCCAUUCCCCGCAUCUGCGAACGAAGCUGGAUCGCUUCAAGCAAGACGGGCGCGCGGCGAAGGAUAUUGCCCUGAGUGAACUGUGGCAGCUUCUACUCGAUGCAUUGCGGUCUCUGGACAAGGUUUAUCUUGUCGUCGAUGCACUGGAUGAGGUGGACAGCGAGCAUACCCAGGGACUCCUUCAACGCCUCGUCGCUUUAGGGGAAUUCCGACCGGGGGCCAUCAAUUUAAUCGUGACCAGUCGACCACUGCCCCAAGUCCAGAAGUUCUUGAAUGUGCCUUCCGUUCUCCAGGUGAGACUCGAAGACCGUCAGGUUAACAAGGAUAUUUCUAUCUUUGUUCAGCAUCGUCUGACCCAAGCACAUCACCUCGAUGAGUCAACCAGAGAAUCGAUCAAGAGGUCCAUUGAGGACCGUGUACAUCCUUCAUUUCUAUACACACGCCUUGUAUUGACCAAACUGUUGGAGGAAGACAAAGAAGACUCGUUGGAGUUGGCGACGGUUCAAAAUGCACUCACCUUUCUGCCCUCCAGCAUGGAGGACAUGUACUCUGAAAUGCUCUACGAUCAUUCCCAACUCGCAUCUGUCCCACAAGAGAGACAACUCCUGAUCCUGCAAUUGGUCACACACUCUUCGCGCCCGUUGCGCCUGCUGGAAAUUGCAAGCGUCCUGGAUUUCCUGGACAUGAACAACGGGACCGGCAAACAUGGCGACACGAAGAACAUGACACGCAUGUCCUGUGGCCCGCUCCUGGAGAUUCUGGAGGAUGAAAUGGUUUCUAUCAUCCACCACUCAUGCACCGAGUUUUUGAUGGAUACCGCACGUAAAGACCGCCCGGUAGCUGAGCAGCCUGUCCAUCCGUUCCCGGUGAUCGACUCAACCCAAACACAUGAAUUGAUGGCUACUCUUUGUGUUCAAUAUCUGCUCUCUAGUGGCCUCUCGUCAUGGGAAAUCAAUGAUGAGUGCCGAUACCACGACGAAGGUAUAAUCUCCCAACAAAAGCGUCUUCAGUUGCAACAUCCUUUUCUCGGCUAUGCCCUCGAAAAUUGGCAUUACCAUGUCCAGCGAUCGAGCGUGUUAAAUUCCAGACUAUUAGAAAAGUUGAACACCUUUAUGGAUGCAGACAACCGCUCUUUCCAAGCCUGGGUUGAUGCGGUGAUCAAACCAGAAUAUGCCGUCAAGUCAGUCUCACCACUCCACGUUGCAGCAUGGACAGGAAUUACAAAUUACGUGGAGUUUCUGUUAACCGCGGGCCAUGAAAUCAAUGUCUUGACUGAUCAUGAAGAGACACCUCUCACCCUGGCUGCCCAGAAAGGUCACGCUGAUACAGUGGUCGUCUUUCUAAAGCACGGUGCGGCCCCAGACCAGUCAGACAAAUUCGGCCAUAAGCCAAUCCAUUAUGCUGCGCGGUCCAAUCGUCAUGCAAUUGUGCAGGCACUACUUGAUGCUGGAGUCAGCCCCCUCACGGGAGUAACGUGUGACUAUCCGCCACGAAGAUGUGGGAAUGCUCGGAGCAGUGUGGGCGACUCCCCGUUGAGAUAUGCCUCCAAGGCCGGUUCUCUCGAGGCCGUGCGUGCCAUGCUACCCCAUUUGAGCGAGAAAGAUAUUCAUUCUUCGCUUUGCUGGGCGGUUGGUUCCAGGCACCUGGCCCUUGCCAAAUUCCUUUUAGAAGCAGGUCAUAUCGAUGCUAGCGCGGAUAUUGGUGGAUCGUGUCUUCUCAAGGCCGCUCACCAUACGGACUGGGACAUGAUUCAGCUACUCAUUAGCAAAGGUGCAGAUCCCAAUUACCGGCCUAGGCCUGUGGAGCCGAGGACAAUCGAUGGUAUACCGGUCAGAUCUUUCCGAGAAAAGAUAGAAGAACCGUCUCUGCUUCAUGCCGUCUGUGCAUCUGAAACUGCCAGGUAUUAUCGAUACGAGGGCGGAGAUACAUUUCAGAUCUUUGAAAAAUGCUUAGACCUGGCUCUUGACGCGGGGUGUGAUGUUAAUCUUCCGGGCAUCAUGGGCCGUACGGCUUUGCAUUACUGUGUUAAGAGUAGCAUGCCUGUCGUGGAAAAGCUUUUGCAACGCGGGGCGGAUGUGCAUGCAACAGACUUUGACGGCAAUACACCUUUGCAUUUAUUGGAGUCAUCCACCGAAACGGCCCCGAUUUUGAAGGCGUUGAUCCGCCAUGGCGCCAGAUGGGAUGUUAUUCGUGAGAGGGACGGCAAGACGCCCCUGCACACAUGCUGCGAAAUGUCUAGUUUUGACGAUCAAAUCGAUGUCCUGCGACCCUAUAUUAAGGACUGGAAUAUCCCAGACGCCGAUGGCAAUACACCACUGCAUCUUCUUGCGGGUGAUGCUCGCAAACAGCUGCUUAGCAUGGGGGCGGAUGUGAAUCGGAAGAACAACAGGGGAGAGACUCCCCUGCACACUUUGGAUAGCUUGGACGCUGGGGACGCCGCGGUCCUUCUCGCGGCUGGGGCCGAUAUUGACGCCAGAGAUAACAAGGGCAGGACGUGGUUCUUGCGCACUGUGCAUAAGGAGAGCUACCGACCCGAGAAAACCCUCCAGAAGAUCCUUGAUCUGGGCGCAAAUCUUCACGCAGUGGACUAUGAAGGGAACGGUGCAUUGCACCUGGUUUGUAAAAGGCAGACCUCCAAUCAGAGCCUGAAAUUUCUACUCAAAGCCGGGGCGGACCCUCGACAUGUCAACUACAAUGGGGAUUCUAUCUACCAUCUCUUGAUGCGGGGUUGCUUUGGAGCCAGCCGGCUAUACUUCAAAGAGUUUUUGGAGCUCGCGCUUGCUACUGACGCCCCUGCUACGGCAAGGAACUAUCGAGGACAGACCCUGCUGCAUUCGGUGUGUGCCGGGGGCGUGGCAAGAUACAACACAACCCUGCAAAAGGCUACUCAGAACCCACUCAACUCUUUCCCGCCAUCGGACAUCGAUGCAAUGAUCAAGACAACAGACAACGAAGGCAGAAUGCCCAUUCAUCUGGCGGCAACCACAUCGGAAGACUUAGUCUCGUGGCUUAUUGAAAAGGGCUCUGAUCUCACGGCUUGCACUUACAACAGACAGAAUCUACUACACCUGGCUGCCUCUGCUGAUCAAAGCAAUACACUGGGUCUUCUCUUGGAAAGCUAUGCCAGCAAUGCCCAGACUCAAGGAGUCAUCAAUCAACGAGAUGAAACUGGACAGACCCCUCUUCAUUAUGCUUGUCGCUCUGGUCGAACAGAGAGCGUCAAGCUGUUGUUGCAAGCGGGUGCAGAUGCGAAGAUAGCCGACAAUAGUAGCUGGACGCCUCUACACACCUGUGCAGAGUUUACCAGGGAGCGGGGUCCAUCCAGAUGCAAAGCUCCGGGGCUGGGCGACGAAGGAAUCGAAUCCGAGAAAGAGACACUUAGGGUCACAGACAUUAUUCGUCUUCUGCAUCAGCACGGCGCAGAUAUUAUGGAAGGAUGCAUACCACGAGGAACUCCGAUGGAGCUUGCACUAGAUCGUGGCCUCGAGGAAAUGGUUAUUACUCUAGCACAGAUUGCUCGAGAGCAGUCACUUCCUGCUGUUCCAAAAUACUGCGAACCUGCCGGGCCCUUGUACCUGGCAAGUCGUCAUACCUAUGCCAACUCCAUUGCAGAGGAGCUCUUGCGAUGCAAUCACGAGCCGAAAGCCUUUCUGAAUGGCUGCGCGCGACUUUUGAGACUCGGUGCCUACGAAGUUCUGGAAGGGCUUGCAAGACAAGGACAUCAGCUUACAGCAGAAGGGUCGCACAAAAAGGACGACUUUCUCGUGCUGCUUGCCCGCUGGGGAUUCACUGAGAUGUUUGAGAAGCUUGGAAGAAGGCGUGAGAACACCGAUUGGAUCAAUGGGACUUUUUCCACGUCCUUUGAAUUUAUCACCCACAUGCAUCCGCUCAUUCUCCAUGUGGCGCACAGGGAACCGCCGAGCAUUGAUCUCCUACGGGUCGUCGUCGAGACCUUCAAGGCUGACGUGAAUGUGAAGUCACGCCAGGAAAACUGGCAAGAGGAUGCUGGGGUUAAUGUCCUCCAUGUCCUAGCGUGUGGCAAACACUGGUGGCACACUGAGGCUAUUCAAUAUGUUCUCGAUCAUGGAGCUGAUACCACACUGCGGGACGAAAAUGGCCGCACACCUCUCCACGUGGCAGUCUCUGGAGGUUAUCGACGAUUUGACAUUGUACAGGCCUUGUUGAAGCACGGAGCGAACCCCAAUGCAGUGGAUAAUGACGGCUCUACACCGUUGAACCUUGUGAAGGACGACCCUGAGAUGUUUCGACUGCUCACCCAGAACGGGGCCGACGUGACCCUGGGUGACUGGCCAGUCCUCUAUCAUGCUAUUGAUAAGCAGGAGGUGGAUACUGUGCGAGCCGUCCUUAAUCUCGGGAUUGACUGCAACAAGCCAUUCAAAGAGAGCCUGCCCUCUGUUGAUCCAGACGACGAUGAGAUGUACUUCGUCUGGAUGUCUGGUAGGGGCGAGCAACGCAAAGAUCUUCUCUACCGGCCACUUCGUUUUGCCGCUGGUCGGGAGCCUACCCAGCAAGAGAUGGUGACCAUUGUGCAAAUGCUCCUGGACUAUGGGGCCGAUCCUUUCCAGCCUUGUGGUGAUGAGACGACCAUCAUCCACGACUUGCUGCAACAAGGUGGCAUCCUCGAUCCUCUUCUUGCCCUGUCGGGGCUGGAGCUGGAAAAGCGGGAUGUGCCCGGAAGAACCUUGCUUUUGGCUGCCUGCGAUGUCCAUGAAACCAGCAAUCAGCGGUUCUUCCAAUACAAUGAAUUUCCUGCGAGGUGGCGGGCCAGUCUGAUUAAGCGGCUAUGUGACAUGGGAGCCGAUGUGUCGGCUGUGACCAACAAUGGAAACAACGUGCUCCAUCUGCUCGCCACUGCUACUCAGUGGAUUGAUGAACCACAAGAGAUUGUCGAUACUUUUCCAGGGUUCAUUGAAAAGUUUCCUGCCCUGCUGCACCAGCAAAAUGAAAAAGGAUACAAGCCAUUCCACCUAGCUGCCGAGAAUGGUUCUUGGUAUACAUGCCAAGUUCUCAUCAAAGCCGGCGCCAAGUUCCUCGAGCCAGAUCCCAAGGGUAACACUGGUCUGCACCAUCUAGACCAAUUCCUGUACAACAGAAAGCGUGAAACCCAGCUACGGAUAAUGGAUGAGGCUCUUGCGCUGGGGUGGGAUAUCAACGCACGUAACAACGAUGGAGAGACGCCGUUGUCGAAAUAUCUUCUCUCUCUGGGCAGAACCAGAGGUUGGUGGUCGCUCCGCAGGGAGGACGAGCAGAAGUUCGUGCAACGAUUCCGGGAUGCAGGGGCGGACUUCUUCACGCGGAGCAAUUCGGGGGAAGGUCUUUUGCAUUUGAUUGCCAGGUUGCCGGUUACGCACUCGGAUGAGACGGAUAUUCAUGAGUCGUUUACGUGGUUGAUGGAGAUGGGACUCGAUCCGUUCUUGGAGGACUAUCAGCAGAGAACUCCCGUGGUAAGUCGAACUUAG